CAGGAAGAUACAGAGCUCUCUGAUCGUAAGUGGCCGUGUAGAGCGAGAGCUGAUACAGACGUUUGUGUUAUUAGUCCCAAUUCAAGAGAAUCAACAUGACUGGCGCUUGAACGGAAUGUCAGGUUAGCUUUCAUUCGGACGCAAUCCUCGUUCCUAGCUGGCUGUCGCGCACACAACUGGGCGAUAGCACAAUCUCCAGACUUAUAUUAACCAUCUUUUAUUAGAUUCCCAAUCAGGCUUUUCUUUGUAAGACAGUUUACACAUACUGAAACAAAGUGGAUUUAACAGUGGCUACGUGGUUCACCCGCACUCCAAGAUGCUUCUGGUCUCCCAGCGGCUAGACUCACCUCGCAUGGACCCAUUACUGCUAGGAUCCCUGAAGAGGAAAUUGACUGGGGCUGUCGAGAGUUCUGCAUCACUUAACGGGGUCUCUGACACCUCUAUGACCCAGGGAGGUGGCAAACGACUAUGUCUGGAAGAUGUCACCCUGGCCAUGGGCCCCAGCUACACUCAGCCCCCAUUCCCUUCUGGGAUGGGCAACCACGGGGGUGUUCUGGAAGGUAAUAGGCUGAACAGCAACAACAAUAAUUUGGGCUCUCCAUAUUCCGUACCCCCAAAUGCUAGUCCUGGAUCAACACCAGUCACUGGGGGAGGCUCAGGGGGCUUCAACCCAAAUGGGAGUUCAGCCACUCCUUCAGUGGAACAAGAACUGCAGGAGAUUUUGGAUGAACUUACAAAGAACCCUGAUCCAUCUUUACCAGAGCUUGAUAUUGAGAAAAUCUUAGGAAAAGAAAGUGAUGACCAGGCAAGUACAGCUGGAGGUUUUGUCCACCCAGAAGGUAAUGGCACCCCCAAAAGAUCUCCGCAGAGACAGUCACACCUGGAGGCCCACCUCACUCAGUCCCCUGGUUUCUCUCAAGCUGGGUCUCCUCAAGUGGGUCCAAGUCCUGCUGGGGCACCAUAUACCCUACCACAUCCUUCCAAACCAAUUCCAUCUCAACUCUCAGCAUCACCCCUGUCCUCCUCUUCUUCAAAAGGGCAAAAUCAAGCACGGUCACCUAUGCUAUCUGCCGCCCUAUCCAACUGGCAUGAAGUGUCCCGGGCUCAACAGCUUCAGCAGAUGGCAUCUAGUAAGCAUCAUUCUAACAACAGUGCAGGUCCACCACCUGCACAGUCAGGGUUGUCUGGAUUGGGCCAGCAGAGUACGUCUUGGGCUGGUCCCUCUCCACCUUACCGACCAGGGGAUAAGCUGCCCAACUCAUCACCUCAUCAGCAGCCCUUCAGCCCAGCAGGAAAUAUUCAGAGUCCCCAGAAUUCUCUAAUCUCUAGCAUGGCUCCAGCCCCAUCCACCAGACCUUCACCACCCUACAGGCCAGAAAAGCUGGCCAGCCCAGCAAUUGCUCAGCCCCCUUUCAGCCCCCAGAACAGCAUUCUUUCUGGAAAUGCCCCACCAGGAGUUUCCGGAACUGCAAUCCAAGGUUCUCAGGCAAGUUAUCUUCCUGGUGUUGCCCCAACAUCAAACAACACUCGACCAUCACCUCCUUACCGACCAGAUAAACAUCCUAGUCCAGCUGGGCAAUGCCAACCAGGAACGCAACUUCCCACACAAGGACAUCUUUUCAACUCGCAAAAUAAUCAAGCACCUGCAAUGUCUAGCCAGCUGUUCAAGGCCAUCACAUCCAAUCAGCCACCCAGUAGCCUCAAGCUCCUAAUGCAGGCGCAGGGAAAACCCUCACAGCUGCAACUAAACAAGACCUCCACAACUGGUAUGGGUCCAGAACCAUACUCUUUCAACAACACAAAGCCGUUACGACAUUUUGAUCCCAAUCCCUCCGUGCCCAAGCUGGGUCCUCUGGCUAUGGGAGGAUACCGCAGUGCUAGCAUGCAACCCACGGCGCCCACUUCAGCCACAGGACAUGGGCAUCUUCUGCCACAGCGCAUGCAAAGGGGAAUGCCUGCUGGUGGUAUUGUGCCUCACUGCAGAGAUGAUCAAGGUGCAGGAAUGGUGCCACCUCUUCAGGACCCUUCGUCAGCUGUGCCACGGCAGCCCCAGGGCAGCAACUACAACAUGAUGCUUAAGAAUCAGCUAAUAAAGAAGCAGCUUCAACAACAAGAAAAGCAAAGGCAUAUGGAGCAAAUGAAUGGAGGGCAUAUCACAGACUGCCAACAGGUGGCACUAUUUCAAGGUCCAGGUCGACCGCUCCAUCCAGAGUGUGGUGGAUAUCCUCUGGGAGCUUCUCAACAGCUGAAUCCCUCCAUGCUCUCCCAUAGUGGCCCUUUACCCACAAACCAAAUGGGUCUUUCCUCCAGCUCGGUCUCUCAGAUGGGCCCGUCGGUUGGAGGAUACGUGUGUGGCAAAGGCUCCAAACAACCCCUCUGCCACCCGUCGCAAGACUUUGGAAUGGCGAUGCAGUCUGGCCAGAGCAUGAUGGGAAUGGGUGGGCCUCCACGUCAACCGUUACACCCAGCUCAUGCUGUGACGCGACCUGGAAUGCCAUGCCCCAACUUACCAGGCGGUCCCGUGCCCACCCACCACCUGCGGCAGGCACUGCACCGAGCUGGAGCUCUUCAGUCACGCAUGAUGUUCCCUCCCCAGCAGCAGCAGCAGGCCACCUCACAGUCCCAGCUCUGGCAGCACCAACAAGCAGUGCAGCCACAUAUGGACUCUGUGAACCACCCACAUCCUUUCCCCUCCAGAGGAGCCCUAUCUGGAUGUGGAGGUCCUCAGUUUCCACAGCGAUCCGGCAUGGCAGGUAUGCCAGCCAACUUCCCUGGUUCCCGUCCUCCUCAUAAUCAGGUCGCCCCUGGUUUGGUUGGCAGGCAGGACCAGAAGAUGCCCACCACCCAGCCGCUAUCCUCCAUGGCCCAACAGAACCUCAGAAUGCGAGGUCCACUUUCCGCUCUAGCUGUUAUGAAACCAGGAGGCCCAUCCAUGAUGCACCCUGCCCAUGGGAUGGGGCCUCCUAGUUACCAGACUGCUUCUGCAGGGAAACACUGUUCACCACAGGGCUACAAUCCCGGAGAUAAACUGCCUUCCUAUGACUACAUCUCCCAGCAUCAGAGCAAUGGGGCAAUGGCAGCGGGGCUACAAGGACCUGGAGGAGGAGGCAGUGGUGGUGCGGAGGUAGACUUCAUAGACACUCUGGUGGGAAACAACGAAGACUGGCUGAACAAUCUCACCAUGAUAGAUGAAUACCUUGAGCAAAACUCAUAGGGACUGAUCAAGAGCGUCUUAGGUUUGAAAAUCACUACACAGCACAAGAAUGGGUUUGUGGGCUCAUCGUUCUGUAAAGGCAUGUUCACACCAAGAGCACUAACUAUAACAAGAACUAUAUUAGUGUCCACACCAACGGACGGUAACUUUCCUCUUGUCAUAACCGCGCAUUUGUAUGCAGCUUUAAGGCCCCGAUAUACUCACUUUAUUGUUCUUCGCUUAGUAAAAAGAAGUUUGAGAUACGUAAUCAGCUAUGUUCUGUUAUAGGACAUCCUGACGCCAUGGACAAAUCGUAGUUCCAAGGUGUUUACUUUUCCAGAAUGUUUGCUUGGGCAAGCUGUUUCGAUCUCCAGAAAUGAUUUUGUUCUAAAUUAUGAAGUUUAUUGGGUCCUAUAUACAUGCAAGCUUGGGUGACAUCUGAUUGGCUCAGAAACCUUUUAGUUCAUUGUUAUAAUUAUCAUCUUUGGUGUGAAUGAACCUUGAAGUCCUAAAGCGUUCUUUUUUGGUUAGCAUUAGUGAGAAUGUAUCGGUGGGCAUGAGGCACUGCUUAGGCACAGCAAAACCUGGCUUUGGCCGUCAUUAAACUGACUCAUAUUAAAAGAUGCCCUUUCCUUUUCUCAGUGGUUGCUCUUCCAGUGCUCUCUGCGCUGUUUGAAUAAUAUUGUAAUUAUCAUCAAAUUUAUUAUGGAGUGAAACACUGAUUUAUGAAAACAUGAGCUUUCCCAAGCAGUGUAAAGAAAGUUCUCAUUCAGUUAAAGGGACAGCUCACCCAAAAAUGACAAUUCUGUCAUCAUUUACUUGCCCAUAUGUCUUUCCAAAUCUGUAUUACAGAAUACAUUUGGAAGAUUUUUUUUUUUGUCUGUUCAGUGGAAGUUAAUGGGGUUAAAAAACAACACUAACUUUCACUGUAUGGACAAAUCGGUUUUUAUUUACUCAUUAACGUGGGGCGAAUAGAUGUUGACAGAAUUGUCAUUUUUGGGUGAACUGUCACUUUAAUGCAAUGUGGUAACAGUAUUGUUGGCAGUAUCCUGCCAGACCAGGCUCAUAUGUGCAGCUUUUCAUUCUUGCUAUAUGAAAAGCAUAUGAAAUCAUUUCUGUAAUGAACUAUUUGAGGGUAUCUAAAAAGGGGCUUGUCCUGUACAUAAAGUAUUUUGUAAAAUAUGGUUUCUUAAACUGUAACAUACAAAGGAGAAGUACACAUAUUUAUGCUUCUUUUCUGCUGAUGAAUUCUUCAGAAUUUCUUUGUAAAUAAUUAUCAAAAGAAUAAAUAAAACAAAAAUGCAAUGAUGUAAAGAAAUGAGUGUCACAUUGAAAUUUCAAAUGAAAUAUUUUACACUAGGAAACUCUAUUGUAAUUUGUAUUAUGCAAGACAGUAUGGUUAGCUUUGGAGUAAUACUAUGUAUUACAAAAGUGAAAAAAUCUGUUAUGUUUUUGACAUAACUGGACUUCUGGUACUCCAGUCUGGCUUAAGAAGGUUUUAUGUUUUGUGUUUUUAAAUUGGGAGGUUUCAGCAGUUCAUUCUGACGUAAUUGCACAGUCUAAAAGGCUCUCUAACUUGUGUCAUAUUGCUAAAGCAUAAUACAUUUUACACUAGACACCAGUGUCUUUGUAAUAGUCUGUUCCAUCUAACGAAAUGAGGAUCUUAAGGAUCUUGAUGCUUUUUGGACCAAGGACACUUUUCAGCAGUUCUAGGAAUGUCUUUUGUAAGUGCACACCAGCUACACUGAAACUGCAGCCUUAGUGUAGCAGAGGGACAACAUCUAUGAUCACACCACCUAUUAUGUAAUACAAGAGCAGCACCAGUCACAGUAAGUGCAUAAAACCCACAGUCCUUUGUGCCAGAGUCUUGGGUUUCCAGUAGUUCAUGACCAUGUAGUUGAUGCCAUGAACUUGAAGACAUUCUGAUUUGUGAUUAAUUGUGAUUUAUUAUAUUUUGUCUUCAUAUUUUUAGAUUGGAAAAUAAACCUCAUAAAA